ACAUCGACAUCAUGAGUGCAGAGAACCGUCAAUUCCGGGGCGGGACUAGUCACCUCUCCAAGGCUACGUCAUGUAUCCCAUGUCGUAGGGGGAAACUAAAGUGUGAUAGAGCCCGCCCUGCAUGCGAACAAUGUAUAACUCACGAUCGGUCCGAAGAUUGUCAAUAUGAAGAGACCAACGUGCCCACACAAACAGAAAUUCUUGAGGAACAGAUUACACGCCUCGAGGCACGAAUUCGCCAACUCAAAAAAACGCCAAAUUCACAGGCCUCUAUUACUUUGAGCGACCCUUAUGCGAGUCGUCAAAUAUCUAUUCUCCCGCAAAGUCCCGAGCACGAUGAACUGAUUCCUCCCACACUUGAACAGCUAUUGAAUAGUUUUCUGCCUUACUCGUCAGAAUUAGGGUUCUUUCUCAACGCAGCGCGAUUUAAAUCCGCGAUGCUCCUUGCCCUUCCCAUCGGUCAUCCGUCACGACCUGCGCCUCCUCUAAUCUACGCUGUCUCUCUCUGCGGAAUUUACAUCUCCCGUCAGGCCAAUAGUGAUAUACUAGAGGAGAGAUACCGUAGACUAGCUGUCGAAGCAACAUACUCAAACCUCUCAGGAAGUCACCCGCUUGAAAUGAUACACGGGAUUCAAGCAGAGGUGCUCCUCGCAUACUACUUCAUCGCCAAUUCUCGUUAUCCAGAAGCACGAUAUCACAUCACCGCUGCAGUUUCGAUGUCCAUUUACGCCGGGCUUCACAAAAUCGGCCCUGCAACAACAACGGUCUUACUGCCUCCACAGGACAGUGUAGAGGCAGGGGAACGCAUUAUCGGAAUGUGGAGCGUUUUGAUCUUGGAUAGGUCAUUCGCCAACAGCCUCGGCGAAGCCCCGCAGAUGAUCUUUCCAUCUGAUGACCCAUCCUCUCAAUUUGUAACUCCAUGGCCGUUAGAUAUGGGAGAAUACGCGCAGGUGCGAUGCUUUCAUUUUAUUCAUCCGUCCCAAACGAAAAGCACGAUAUUGGAUUUUUUAAAUGGACAAACGCCGCCCAACAGCGACAAAUCCCCGUUGGCCAUGCACGCCAAAGCAGUAUUGUUGUGGGAAAAGGUUGCAGAAAUGGUUCGCAAUUCUGACCGUGGAAUGGAACCUUCCAAUUCUUCCGCAUUCUUCACGGCUUUUGCAAUCCUCGACGCCCAAAUUCAGCACCUCCAGGCCUCUUUGCCGCCCCUUGCAUUCAUACCAAGUAUCCGCAAACCGGAGCAUGUAAGAAAGCUUGUGCGCAACGAUGAUUUGAAGCGCAAGCGGUUAGACGCGGCCAAGGGCGUGUUUGAGGGGAUACUGAUGCUCGUGCAUGGCAAUUAUCAAUUCCUCAACCCCACCAUAGCGUACAUUUGGCUAGAGGCAGCACAGAUCAUCAUAAACGAGGUAAAAUCGUUGCGAUCCCAUGAAAAAUGGGGCGAUUCCUCUGAAAGAUCAAUGUCAAAUUUGAUAGAGCGUGUGCUAACUGCAAUACAGCCCUUCGCCAGCCAUGGCUCACUGAUGAGAAAUGCUGUAAAGCAAAUGGAGGACAUGUACAAUGCGGGAUGACAGUAUGGUUACCUGUCGGACAAUCAAGUCAACAUGAUCAUUCCGAUCGUACAGCAAUUACUGCCAUAGCGCGGGUCUCGGAAUUUCCUGCCUUCUUAUAUCUGUAGAUUAAUUUCUCGAGGUCCAUCGUCGUGAACCUUUAAUCAAAGUAGCUGACCAGAUAAUAAUUCUUACAAGUUCUUUGUUAAUACAUUGUUAGAACAGCUUACAAGUUCUUUGUUAAUACAUCGUUAGAACAUG